UGGCACGGGAUCGCGGGCGGUGGCGAUGUGGACGCGGAGCUGGAGGUCUGUUCGGGUGGCUCUCUUGUUGCUCGGUGCCCUCCCAAGUAUCGCGGGUGGGCCUUUGCAUGCACAGUGCAGGGUUGAAUGGACUUUUGGGAUUUCUUGUAAUACUGUGUAUCUGGAGCUAGUCAGCCAGAUAAAAGAAUGGAAAACUGCUGACAAUUGUGCAAAUGGAGGAGAAAAAUGCUUAUACACUCUAAAGUCUGCAAGUGAACAUUACAUUGUGGCUAAGCACACAACUCCAGUGCACAAGUAUGUCGAUGAUCUUACAUUCAAACUGACUUCCUCCUUGGAUGAGAAAUCCUGCUAUGUUUCUGGGUUCUCGGUUUCUGAACUGUGGUACGCAGUCUUUGACCAUGGUACUAACUACUGCAACUUGCACAAUCUUAUUGAAGGUAGUGGCCUAGACAAAGUUUCAGGUUAUACUGAAUCAACGGACAACUCCAAAUGUACUCAGUAUUCCUCAGCUAACUGUACAAUUUACUAAAUGGGAUGCGCUUUAUUAAGAAAUCAUGAAGCUGCCGGAUGGGGUAUGAAUCAGGGAUGGUUUUUUAAAAAACUUUUUUCCAAGACUUUGACAUGAUUGUCUUCCUUUCAUCAAUAAUGCGAUCAAAGUACUGUGAGGUGCAUUGGAAAAUAAAUUAAAAUUCUUGGCCCCAUAUUCAAUAGUAUCUGAAAAUCCACCCAUUUUAUGAUUGGGCACUUAGUAAUUCAAGUACGAGUUACUUGACACGGUAACAAAAUGUUAAAAUGUACAGAGAAAAUAUUUGGCCAAAUUGUUAUUUUUGCAUUGUAUGAGAUUCAUCCCAACUUAUCAAUUGGUUCUUCCUUAUGCGUAUGGCAUCUUUGCUUGACUAUACCCCAACUUAUUCAGUUUUAACACUCCUUUCCAUUACCAAUGUUUAAUUAAUUUACUAAAUCACAUUAGUGCUCUUCUAAAAUUAAUAAUAUUCCCAGUAUAUUUCAUUGACCCGAGAUCUAAUUAUUUUUUUUCUUGGUGGUUUCCUAAAAAUAAUACAAUUUGCUGGGAGAAAUAUUACAUAUAUAGUUUUUGAUCUUAAUUAAGAUAUUGUUUUCUACUUUAACCUGCCUUCCUGAAUAUAACUGGGGCUUUGCAUAAGCUUCAAAGCCAAAAUUGAUGGGAAAUAUUUUGUGUAGGUUGAUCAAUAAGCCAAAGGAAUGCUGGUGAAAAAUGAGUUCAUCAGCACUAUAUUCCCUCAUUAAUAUUGCUUCCAAACAUUGACAUCUCCAUUUUAAAUCAAAAUGUAAAGAAAGAAAGCUCGAUUAUUCCCUUAAUGCUUAAUCUGCCACCAGAUUUUUUGAAACUGUUUAUGUACAUUAACAAUGUAUAGACUUUUGUAUAAUUGUAACACUGUCUUAUAACCCUGUGUUUUAACUUUUUUUUUACUUGGUACUGUAAAUUUAGAUCCAUUUAAAUGUAUUUUAGAACUAAUUCUUUACCUCUUUUAUUAAAUCGGUAACAGCAAAUUUACCUGGGGUUCGUUUAUUUUCUGUGAC